AUGUCUGCCUGGACGGCGUACGUGGGCACGCGGGUGGCCGAGGUGCGCGCCCAUUCGGACGAGGGCGUGCAGCUUGGCGUGGCGCUGGUGAUGGCUCUGGCGACUGCGAUGCUGGUGUUCGCUCGGACGCGCCAGCAACGCACGGCGGUGUUUGGCGACCCCAAGGUGGCAAAUGCUGCGCUGGAUGGGCUGCCUGCGUGGCCGGACGCGCGCCACACGCUGCUCAACUCGACUUGUCCGGACACGGAGCACUUUGAGCUGCUGCGGCUGCACGACGCGCUGGCGUCGCCCAUCGUGCGCACUGGCCCCAACCAGGUGCACAUCGCCGACCCCGCGUCGCACAAGCUCGUGUUUGCGCAGGCGACGCGCUUCGAAAAGGCGCCACUCUACGACCUCUUCAACGCCGAGCCAGGCAAGGCGAACCUAUUCAGCUCGCGCGACGCAAAGCACCACGCCUCGCGCCGCCGCAUCGUCUCGCAUGCGUUUGCGCCCAGCUCGCUCGCCGAGUUCCGCGGAUUCAUCGCAAACCGCAUCGCAGCGCUCGUCCACAGGUUUGACAGGGCCGCGGAAGGAGGUGCGUACGAAGACGUGUUUGCCGCAUACCAGCAGUUUACCGGCGACAUCAUCUCCAAGUUUGCCUUUGGUCGCGAAGACCACAUGGUGGAAACCGGUACGUUCUCUCCCUCCCUCACCGUCUUCCGCGCAGUGACAUUGAGACGUUACAGCCUCGACUGCGUUCUUUUCGCUGACCGCUCGUUCUGUCUUGUGUUUUGUUGGCUGGCAGCUCGGCUGAACGAGCUGCUUCUGGGCAUUCGGAGCCGCACAGGGUCGCUGCCACAGUCGCUGUUCGUGUACCAGUGGCUGCGUCGUGUGCCGUUGGGGCUGCACCUGGUGAGGCUGCUGCCCCCUGGCCGGCUGCGCACUGACCUGGAAGGCAUCCGCGACCUGAACGCGCUCAUGACGGGCUACAUUGACGAGUUCUUGGCUACCAAGCGGGACGAUCCCCACGAGGUCCUGCACAAGCUGAUCCACGCGCGCGAUCCUGUGACGGGUGAGGGGCUGGACAAGCAGACGCUGGUGGGCGAGUCGCGCGGGCUUGUCGUGGCGGGCGUCGAGACGACGGCGGCGGCGCUGACGUACCUGACGUUCCAGCUGGCGACGCAUGCGCACUGGUACGCGCGCCUGCGCGACGAGCUCGCCGAGGUGAUCCCGGACCAGGAAACUUUCGUGCGCGACGUCGAAAACGCCGUGCCCGAGGAGAGGGCCGUGGUAAAGCUGGCGUUCUUCAACGCGCUGCUCAAGGAGACGUUCCGCUUCUACCCGGCGGGCGUGCGCCCCUUCCCGCGCACCGUGCCACCCGAAGGCGUGCGACUCGAAUACGGCGUCUUCCUCCCCGGUGGCACAGAGAUUACGUGCAGCUCAUGGGUCCAAGGCCGCUGGGACCGCGCUUUGUGGGGCGAUGAUUCAGAGGUGUUUCGUCCAGAACGCUGGAUCGAAGCGCAGCAGCAAUCAUCCGACGACGACCACAAGGACGCGCCCGGUCGGGAAGCGCUCCGCUCGGCAAGGUACGCCGCCAUGGCGUCAAGCAUCACCACCUUCUCCAACGGCCCGCGCGGCUGCAUCGGCCGCAACCUCGCCACGCUCGUCCUCCACCUCACCUGCGCAAGCGUCUUUCGCUGCCUCCAGCCGGGCGUUAACCUUGAUCCGCAAGCCACCGAUCCUCCCGUCAAGACGUCCGAGCACGACAUGGAGUAUAUCGGCCCCUUUGUCGGCAACCCGAGAGCGCACAAGCUCGAACUCAAAUGGGCCACCGCCACCGCGUCCUGA